AUGAUAGAUGAUUCAACACGUGUUCCUCUUGGAGAAAACAAAGAUUACAUCAAUGCUAGUUAUAUUAGAAUAAUGAAUUCUGGAGAAGAGUAUUUUUAUAUUGCUGCUCAAGGACCACUGCCAAGUACAACAGAUGACUUCUGGCAAAUGGUUUUAGAAAAUAACUCUAAUGUUAUUGUCAUGAUAACCAAAGAGAUAGAAGGUGGAGUUGUCAAAUGCCACCAUUACUGGCCCAUUUCUAUGAAGAAGCCUUUGGAAUUGAAAAACUGUCGUAUCUUCAUGGAGAACUACCAGAUACUUCAAUGUUUCAUCAUCCGAAUAUUUCAAGUUGUGAGGAAGUCUACAGGAACUAGUCACUUUAUAAAACACUUGCAGUUCACCAACUGGCCAGACCAUGGCACUCCUGCCCCAGUAGAUGGCUUCAUAAAGUAUGUACGUUAUGUGAGGAAGAGCCCUACAGGACCUGUCCUUGUUCACUGCAGUGCUGGUGUGGGCCGGACAGGGGUGUUCCUCUGUGUGGAUGUUGUGUUCUGUGCCAUCGAAAAGAACUUUCCAUUCAACAUCAAGAAUAUAGUGGCCCAAAUGAGAGAACAGCGUUAUGGCAUGAUUCAAACAAAGGAGCAGUAUUGCUUUUGUUAUAAAGUUGUGCUUGAAGUUCUUCAGAAGAUUCUGACUUUCGAUUAAGAAAGACUUCCGUUGCCUCACACUUGAAAUUACCAAUGGCUUGGAGUCUCCUUGUAAAGAACAUGUUCCAGCUGUCCUGAAGGGCUUUGCUUAGGCGUACAAUGUACUUUCUUGGUGUAUCAUUUGACUGUCUUUCUGACAACUCCUGGAAGGCAGCAUCAUUUGGUUUGCGGUGAACAGUGUUUACCCAUUAAUCUUACUUAGGUAAUAUAAAAAUAUCUUCCCACAUUUUCCAAUGAAACAAAAGUUGCAUGAAACAAUUGCAGCCUAAUUGGUUGAAGGGAUUACAGAGCCAAUAAAGGACUUAAACUAUAUUCAUUAAGAUUUUAUUUGGACAGGCAGCUAAAGGGAGCUGAGGAUUUCCAGGACCUUAUAAAGCCCCUAUUCUGGGAGAACAUAGGGCCAGUAAAGGCAAGAUCACAUCAUGACCUCUUGGAGGCAUUUUCAAGACAGAUACUUAACCCAUGUUUUUUAGCUAGAGCAUGUACUUUUAGCUGGUAUUUGAAUAACUCAGUUCGCUAAUUAGGAUGGAUUAACUUUUUACACAAAUUGCAUUUCAUUUUCCUAUAGUUUCUAUAGGACCCCAGGGACCUCAGAGGACAAGCUGCCUUUCUAGAGCAGCUGCACAAGGACCUGUCGGUCUGGGAAGUAUUUCAUGGGUGGGCAGAGCUCCUCUGCUCCAUCACAUGAACACACUGGUGAACAGGCCAAAACUAAAAUAGAUGUUUAUAUAGAAAGUCCAAGAGGAAAUUUUUGCCCAGCUUGAGUUCUUUCCUAUCCCACCCUAACACUUAACAUAUUACUCAGUCUGCUUUGUCAAAAGCACGUAUUACAUUUUACUUGCCUCUUACUCUUUGCCCUUUAGCUAAUCAAUAAACUUUGAUAUAAGCAUUAUUACAUAAUUCUGUGUAUCUCUCUCUUACGCCAGAUAUAUUUCUUAAACUAAGAUCUGUGAUAGUUUUUUUUUUAAGAGUUCCAUUAAAUCAUUUCUUUCCAUUACUGCCCCACCUCUGCUGUAACAUUUAAAAGUUGGCUUUGGGAACCAGGUUUGGAAAACCAAAUUCAUAGCUGUGAGAAUGAAAAUUUUCAUGUUCUCUUUUUGAAAAGAUGUGGCCAUUAUUACAUCCAUCUUAUUAUAGGACUUUGCCUCAUAUAAUUACAGUGAUAUUUUGGUCAAGGAAUUUUAGUGACCAUUUUUACCUGAUUAUAAGCUAUGAAGCAAAUGAUACAUGUUUUUGUACAGUGUGACUCAAUGGAGAUCAGAAUAUUUCAUGUAUUAUACUGAGAAAGUUUCUAAUAUUAAUCUGUAAAUCUUUAAUUUUUAAGAGGCUUACUUUGUUCCCUUGGCUGAAUGCAUAUUUGGAUUUGUUGAAUUAUCUUGAUAAUUUUCAUUUUAACAAUAAUUAUAUGCCAGAAAUAUAUUUUAUAUUAAAUCAAAUUGAUGAUUCUACCUAUUUACAUUGUUCAUAUAAAUAAUCUAUGCUAAACAUUAAUUUCAUUUUGAUGAUUGGCCUUUAAUAUUUGCAGCCCUCAUUUUACUUUCUCUCUGUUCUUGUAAAAUAAUAGAUAUGACGUACAGCAGUAUUCCUGAGAAGGAUUCUAUGCUGUUACUUAAAUGAAAAGACUUACUAUGAUUUGCCUGACGUAUUUUUAUUAUCUAGGCCUUGAAAUGUUCUUGUAAAGAAAAAUGCCACAAUUCUUGAUGGUAAGCAUAUUUCUUCUUUAAUGUGUGCCUCAUAUUUUUAUAGCUGGACUAAUUUUUAGUUUUUCAGGGAAAUUAAAUAAGUAAA